GGGGGACAGGAAGAGAGACAGAGGGAGUGAGAGAGAGAGCGAAAGAGAGAUAUACGACGGUAAAAGCGAUCGGGCGCGCUGCUUUUUGGACGCGUUUUGGACGCAGAAGCUGCUCGGCUGCAAAGACUCUUUCAUGAAAGCAUAAGAGAGAGAGAGAAAAAAAAACUUACUUUGCUUCACCCCUCCCGUCCAUUCAUUUGAUCGCAAUAUUAAGAUCGUUUCGGGAUUUUUUUUUUUUUUUUGUUCUGUUUUGUUUUAUUUUUUGUUUCUCCCUAAGCGUCUUCCAAUCCGGACAAGUUCAUCGGGACUUUGACGCGCACGUCUCCGCGACUUCCUCCUGCAGGACAUGGGUGCAUCUGACAGCAGAGAGCGAUAGGACGGAGGGGAGGUCCGGGGCUUCUGCUGUCCUCUUUACAGCCAGUCUUCUGCAGAGUGGACCCGCUUUUUUUUCUUCUCUGGGCCAAAAGGCCGGCUUGUUUAAAGGUCCUUUUUUUGUGUGUUUUGCUUCCGGCAACAGCGAAGAGAAGAAGUCUUCCUCCCUCUGCUCUCUCUCCCUCACUUUUUUUCCUCCCCCUUUUUUUUUUGGACCCUGAACUUUUAAAGGAAAAUGGGGCAUUGAGAGGGUUGGCAGAUCUCCCCGCGCUAUAAUGGCUACUGACACUUACCUGGUGAACGACGAUCCUACUAGAGGCCCAGGGAUGCCUGAAUGUUUCCUCGUCUCGGACACUUACAGGGAUGAAUUCCACCCCUUCAUCGAGGCCCUUCUGCCCCACGUCCGCGCCUUCGCCUACACCUGGUUCAACCUGCAGGCCCGCAAGCGCAAGUACUUCAAGAAGCACGAGAAGCGCAUGUCCAAGGAGGAAGAGCGCGCGGUGAAGGACGAGCUGCUCGGCGAGAAGCCGGAGAUCAAACAGAAGUGGGCCUCGCGCCUGCUGGCCAAGCUCCGCAAGGACAUCCGGCCCGAGUUCCGCGAGGACUUUGUGCUCACCAUCACGGGGAAGAAGCCCCCCUGCUGCGUGCUGUCCAACCCCGACCAGAAGGGCAAGAUCCGUCGCAUCGACUGCCUGCGCCAGGCCGACAAGGUGUGGCGGCUGGACCUGGUGAUGGUCAUCCUGUUCAAGGGCAGCCCCCUGGAGAGCACGGACGGAGAGCGGCUGGUCAAGUCCCCGCAGUGCACCAACCCGGGCCUGUGCGUCCAGCCGCACCACAUCGGAGUCUCCGUCAAGGAGCUGGACCUUUACCUUGCCUACUUCGUCCACACGCCAGAAUCUGGACAAUCAGACAGCUCCAGCCAACAGGGAGACACAGACAUCAAACCACCACCCAAUGGACACCUGAGCUUCCAGGACUGCUUCGUCACCUCAGGAGUGUGGAAUGUGGCGGAACUAGUCAGAGUGUCACAGACUCCCGUAGCCACGGCAUCAGGGCCCAACUUCUCACUGGCUGAGCUGGACAGCAGUCCCAGUUACUACAACAUUAACCAGGUCGCUCUGGGACGGCGCUCACUCACCUCCCCUCCUUCCACCAGGUCUGAGGUGGAGUUGUACGCAAAUCUUCCACGGAGCUCCACCAAGAGGAAGUCCUUAGAUGACAGUGAGCUGGAGAGCCCCACAGAUGACGUUUUCUAUCCUGGACGUUCACCCGCUGCCAGCUCUUCCCAGUCCAGCGCGUGGCCCAAUGACAUGGAUGCAGUGCAGCACCAUUUGGCGAGUGUGCAGGAGAGGAAGAUAAAACAUGAAAACGAUGGCGUGCAGUUUCCUUACCAUGGACUGUCCUCGCCUGGUUCACUUAAGAAGCCGGGGAAGUUUGAUUUCAACGCCCUGACUUCCCAGACGAGGUCCCCCCGCAUGGCGUUCACACACCACCCGCUGCCUGUGCUGGCAGGAGUGAGACCAGGGAGCCCUCGUGCCCCAGCUUCAGCCCUGCACUUCCCUUCCUCCUCUAUCAUCCAGCAGUCCAGCCCAUACUUCACCCAUCCCACCAUACGCUACCAUCACCAGGACCCACUUAAGGAUUUUGUGCAGUUUGUGUGCACGGAUGGCACAGGACAGCCCAGUGCACAGCCUAAUGGAGGUGGCCAGAGCAAAAUGACAGGCUCCUUCCUGCUGCCCCCGCCACCCCCGGUGGCGCGCCCUGUGCCCCUCCCCAUGCCCGACUCUAAAACCAUCAGCACGCCCACUGACGGUGGACUCAGCUCACCCGCAUCUCCGUCAUACUCCACGCCAGGCUCCACAGCUCCCAACCGGUUUGUCGGCAUCGGAACACGGGACAACUUUCUGAAUAUCCCCCAGCAGACUCAGUCCUGGUUCCUCUGACAAGGCCUCUCUGAAUCAACAGCUAAACGCGUGUCAUGAGAAUUGGAAAUCCGAAACAAA